AUGACAGAAAUUUUAUCAUUCCUAUUUAGUUUAGGGUUUAUACAUCAAUAUACUAAAUCUAGAAACUCUUUGUCUAAUAUAUUUUUAGGUUAAUAAGAAGCAGAUGAUCUUCAGAAAAAUAAGCAAUCAGAGAUUGAUAAAAAAAUAUUAAAAUUUUAUGAGAUUAGAACUUAAAGAAAAAAAGAAAAUAAAAAAAGUUGUAAUUAUUUGUGCAGGCAUCUUUUGGAUGACUUAAGCAUUAAAAUUAUUUUUAUAUUUUGUGAUAUUGAAUGA